AUGAUAAAUAAUCAAUAUAAUGAAGAACAAACAUUUCUUGAUCAUUCUAAUGAUCAUUGUGUAUCACCCUCAAUGGAUAAUGAAACAAUGUCACGUUGUUUAAAAAUUCAACGAAAUUUUAAACGUUUUUAUUUCGCAACAAAACUUCGUUCAUCAUGGAUACGAAUUCUUUUAUAUAUUUGUCUUUUUAUUAUCUAUUCCAUACUUAUUAUAAAUAUCUAUGAUUAUU